AUGGUUGGAGAGGUUGGCAAGUGGGGUAGUUCCUUCAAACAUUCGUGGGCUUUAAUCCCACUGGUUGCCCAUGGAAUCAUCGUGAUCGUAGUGGCUCUCGCUUACUCUUUCAUCUCGUCGCACAUAAAUGAUGAUGCCACGAGCGCCAUGGACGCGUCGCUGGCGCACGUCGCCGCCGGUGUGCAGCCGCUCGUGGAAGCCAACCGCUCCGCCGCCGUCGUCGCACACUCUCUGUUCAUCCCCAGCAACGAAUCAUCUUAUUUCCGAUACGUGGGACCGUAUAUGGUCAUGGCGUUGGCCAUGCAGCCGCAGGUGGCCGAGAUAUCAUACGCCAGCGUGGACGGCGCCGCGUUGACGUACUACCGCGGCGAGAACGGCCAGCCGAGAGCCAAGUUCGUGAGCGAGAGCAGCGAAUGGUACACCCAGGACGUUGAUCCUGUGAACGGCCGUCCCACCGGCCGCCCCGACCCGGCGGCUCAGCCGGAGCACCUACCCAACGCGACGCAGGUCCUCGCCGACGCCAAGAGCGGCUCGCCCGCCGCCCUCGGGGCCGGGUGGGUCAGCUCCAACGUCCAGAUGGUGGUCUUCUCCGCGCCUGUCAGUGACACUGCCGGCGUGGUCUCCGCCGCGGUCCCCGUCGACGUCCUCGCGAUCGCCAACCAGGGCGAUGCCGCCGCCGAUCCCGUCGCGCGGACGUACUACGCGAUCACCGACAAGCGUGACGGCGGCGCCCCGCCAGUUUACAAGCCUUUGGACGCCGGGAAGCCCGGCCAGCACGACGCGAAGCUGAUGAAGGCCUUUUCCUCGGAGACCAAAUGCACCGCGUCCGCCAUUGGCGCGCCCAGCAGCAAGCUCGUGCUCCGCACCGUCGGGGCGGACCAAGUCGCGUGCACGAGCUUCGACCUCUCCGGAGUAAACCUGGGUGUUCGUCUUGUGGUCAGCGACUGGAGCGGGGCAGCCGAGGUCCGGCGGAUGGGGGUGGCCAUGGUGAGCGUCGUGUGCGUGGCCGUGGCGGUCGCGACGCUGGUGUCCAUCCUUAUGGCACGGGCGCUGUGGCGGGCCGGGGCACGGGAGGCGGCUCUAGAGGCUGACCUCGUGAGGCAGAAGGAGGCGCUCCAGCAAGCGGAGCGCAAGAGCAUGAACAAGAGCAAUGCCUUCGCCCGCGCCAGCCACGACAUCCGCUCCUCACUCGCUGUCGUCGUUGGACUCAUCGACGUUUCCCGGAUAGAGGCCGAGAGCAACCCCAACCUCAGCUAUAACCUCGACCAGAUGAACAUUGGCACCAACAAGCUCUUCGAUAUACUUAACACGAUACUGGACAUGGGCAAGGUGGAGUCCGGGAAGAUGCAGCUAGAGGAGGUGGAGUUCAGGAUGGCAGACGUCCUUGAGGAAUCCAUGGACCUGGCGAACGUCGUCGGCAUGUCAAGAGGCGUCGAAGUGAUCUGGGACCCUUGUGACUUCUCCGUGUUGCGGUGCACCACCACCUUGGGCGACUGCAAGCGUAUCAAACAGAUCCUUGACAACCUACUUGGCAACGCCAUCAAGUUCACACACGAAGGCCACGUCAUGCUUCGGGCAUGGGCCAACCGCCCCAUCAUGAGGAGCUCCGUGGUCAGCACCCCAUCGAGGUUCACCCCCCGUCGCCCCGCGGGUGGGAUCUUUCGGCGGCUGCUUGGAAGGAGGGAGAACCGUUCUGAACAGAAUAGCCGAAUGUCCUUACAAAAUGAUCCGAAUUCGGUUGAGUUUUACUUUGAGGUGGUUGACACUGGUGUGGGGAUACCCCAGGAAAAGAGGGAGUCCGUGUUUGAGAACUACGUUCAAGUGAAGGAAGGGCAUGGUGGCACCGGGCUCGGACUUGGAAUUGUGCAAUCCUUUGUUCGUUUGAUGGGAGGAGAAAUCAGCAUCAAGGACAAGGAGCCAGGAGAAGCGGGGACGUGCUUUGGCUUCAACAUCUUCCUCAAGGUCAGCGAGGCGUCAGAGGUGGAAGAGGACCUCGAGCAAGGGAGGACGCCGCCGUCGCUGUUCAGGGAGCCCGCCUGCUUCAAGGGCGGGCACUGCGUCCUCCUCGCCCACGGCGACGAGACACGCCGGAUCCUGUAUACAUGGAUGGAGAGCCUCGGGAUGAAGGUCUGGCCCGUCACGCGCGCCGAGUUCCUCAUCCCGACCCUCGAGAAGGCGCGCUCCGCCGCCGGCGCCUCGCCGUUGAGGUCGGCGUCGACGUCGUCGCUGCAUGGCGUUGGGAGCGCCGACUCCAACAUUACGACGGACCGGUGCUUCAGCUCCAAGGAGAUGGUCAGCCACCUGCGGAACAGCAGCGGCAUGGCCGGCAGCCACGGCGGGCACCUCCACCCCUUCGGCCUGCUCGUCAUCGUCGACGUCUCCGGCGGGAGGCUCGACGAGGUUGCCCCCGAGGCGGCGAGCUUGGCAAGGAUCAAGCAGCAGGCGCCGUGCAGGAUCGUCUGCCUGACGGACAUCAAGACCCCCUCCGAGGAUAUGAGGAGGUUCAGUGAGGCGGCAAGCAUCGACCUCAACCUGCGCAAGCCCAUCCAUGGCUCCCGGCUGCACCAACUCCUCCAGGUCAUGAGAGACCUCCAGGCCAACCCGUUUACACAGCAGCAACCACAUCAGUCCGGCACGGCCAUGAAAGAACUGCCGGCUGCUGAUGAGACCUCUGCGGCGGAGGCGUCUUCUGAAAUCACGCCCGCGGCGGAGGCGUCUUCUGAAAUCACUCCCGCGGCGGAGGCGUCUUCUGAAAUCACUCCCGCGGCGGAGGCGUCUUCUGAAAUCACUCCCGCGGCGGAGGCGUCUGAAAUCAUGCCGGCAGCACCGGCGCCAACUCCCCAGGGACCGGCCAAUGCUGGAGAAGGCAAGCCGCUGGAGGGGAUGCGCAUGCUGCUGGUCGACGACACCACGCUGCUGCAGGUAGUCCAGAAGCAGAUACUGACCAAUUACGGGGCAACCGUGGAGGUCGCCACGGACGGCUCCAUGGCCGUGGCCAUGUUUACAAAGGCUCUUGAGAGCGCAAAUGGCGUCUCAGAGAGCCAUGUGGACACAGUGGCCAUGCCCUACGAUGUCAUCUUCAUGGAUUGCCAGAUGCCAGUGAUGAAUGGCUACGAUGCUACGAGGCGCAUCCGCGAGGAAGAAAGCCGCUACGGCAUCCGCACCCCGAUCAUCGCGCUGACCGCGCAUUCCGCGGAGGAGGGGCUGCAGGAGUCCAUGGAAGCAGGGAUGGAUCUUCACCUGACGAAGCCCAUACCCAAGCCGGCAAUCGCACAGAUUGUUCUAGACCUCUGCAACCAAGUUAAUAACUGA